GGACACAGCGGAUCACCGAUCCAUGGAAAGAGCCAAAGAUGUUGGCUCGGUCAUGUGAUCAGCUGUGUCCAAUCACAGCUGAUCACAUGGGAGAUGUACACAGAUCAUCAGAGCACUGAUGAUCAGUGUGCCCUGAUGAUCUGUGUAGCCCCAGCAGUGCCACCUAUCAGUGUCCAUCAGUGCCAGUUCUCAUCCAUGUCACCUGCCAGUGCCCAUCAGUGCCACAUUUCAGUGCCCAUCAGUGCCACAUCAAUGCCACAUAUCAGUGCCCAUCUGAGCUGCCUUUCAGUGUCACCCGUCAGUGCCAGUCAGUGCCAUCUAUCAAUGCCAGUCAGUGCCACCUAUCAGUGC